AAUUGGUGACAUAAGCUGCCGUUCUACGUAGAAUCGGAAUCUGUCAGCAGAGAAUGGAGGUGAGUGGAAAGAGCUGCUUUUGUCUCGGUUGAAUGCCACAAUUGGCGAUUAGGGUUUUCGAGGGAUCUGCGGAAAUUCUGCAUUCUUUCCCAUUCGUGUGGGAUCGAGGUGAGCAUCGAGUGGCGAAGUCGUCAGGCGUGGAUCUAAGGAGAAAGACUGUAAAUGUCCAAUACGGAACGCUAGACUCGCACGCAGAUUCGGAUGGUCAGGCCGUGGUUUUGAUCAACCCCGACUGACCUUGAUUCGUUAUGGCGCUGAUGAGAAUUGCCUCAGCUGCAGCAAAGCAGCUGGGUUUGGUCUUAGGCCAUCAAAAUCCGAUACGUUCCCGUGCGAUCAGUCCGCUCCUCGAGAAGCCUCAAGUCAACGUGGUAUCAAAUAGAUUCGCCUUUCAACUUAGGAACUUUCGAUGCUCACCUUCUCAUCUAAGUGCCGCUGAGCCGCACGUGUUCGUUAGAGCUGCACCAGUAAAUGCCUCUGCACCAGGCGAAGCCGAGACCUCAAGUGGCAAGAAGAAGAAGGGCAAGAAGGGCACCGGUCAGCAUGGGAAGGACUCUUCCGAGAAACCAAAGAUCAAGGAGCGUUCGGUUAUUUUUGAAUGUCAAGAAUGUCUGGCCAUGUGUGUAAAACGAGUUCAGGAAGAGCAUUUAGACCGGGGUGUUGUAAUUGUUAGAUGCAUGGGAUGUAGAAGCCCUACUCUCGUUGCAGAUAAUUUAGGUUUGUUCGAGGAAGAGGGUAGUAUGCAAAAGUUUCUCUCGGAACGCGGGGUGGAUUUAGUGCAUGGUGCUGAGAAUUCUUACGAACUUUUGGCUGAGGAUUUAGUCAAAAUGGCCGAAAUGGACGAACAGAGAAAACAGCAAGAGCAAGAACAACAACAGCAGCAGCAGGCAAGUAGUAUCCUAUGACAGUAGAACAGUCUCAUUCACGGGACUUAUCUUUUGUCUUCAAUCAUUCUUUAAUGUAUGCAGUUUACUCAUCACAACGCUUAUCAUUCCUUCCCAUGAAAGCAGACCUUCAAGCUUCAACGUGUGCAUCCUGCUCAGUUUUGUGCUUAUUUCUGGAAUUGUCCUAGUUUUGGUCUCAGUCAGGGUAAAAUGUUAGCAUCUGUUUCACCUUUUACCCUUAUUCGCCACUUUCAUGUCUCCUUACAACAUCUCGAGCGCUUUCUAUUGUGAGAACGCUGAAGUAUCUCAGUAGAGACCAUGGUUAAACGAACAUAUCGUUGUAUUUUCCUGUGUGAAAGCAGAUUAUGUGCUUGUGAGUCAAUCUCAUUAGCAAUCUUAAUCCAGUCAGUUACUUCAAAAUUGUGCCGGUAACUGAUUGCAGUAAACAGAUAUUUGUGAUUGCACAAAUGAAUUUGAAGAUAA